CACCUCCUAUGCAGUGUUCUCUUUACAUCCCGCUGAUGCAGCCACUUCCUUCCUUCCUUUGCUUCCUUUCCUUACGACUGCCUCCUCAAUGAGGAGAUGUGCCAGUAACUGGUCCGUAAAAGUCAGAAUCAGAGUUGAUCAGACCGCGUCAGACAUCAGAUGGAAGAAGAAGAAACCGUUUGUAGUCGUUAGAAGAAAAGAAGGAAAGAAUGAAUAUUGUUCAACAUUUUACCGAUUACAAUCAUUUUGAUAUUAACGUGACACCUAAACAGAAGGAUGUUGUUGAUCAUAAAAAAUGUCCAAGGACGGAUCCUCAAUUUAUUUUGGUGUUAGCACCAUUUCAACCACAAACAAAGAUCAAGAUGGAAUCUACUUUGAACGUCACCCAGAAAUGUUAUUUGAAUAUAAAAAAUACAAGUAACAAACCAUUAAAGGUAAGGGUUACAAAGCAACCGUCAGUCGAAAGACGCAUUCUUCUGGAUUGCUUGGAACUUCAUAUCAAAGCUGAAAACUCGGUACCUUUGAUUAUAUCAUGGACCCCCAAUGUAGUUGGCUCAUGGAGAGAUAUUAUACAAUUGACUGAUAAUCGACGUAUCAAAUACGAUGUGGCGAUUAUAACAACAUGUGUGGAUUCUAGAAAGCUUAAGGUAACAAAUCGCAAUGGUUCCGAACAACAGACCUUUAAUUUGCCAACAAUUAGUAUAAAUCAACCUUCCAAGCGAUUAAGGUCAAAUUCAAUACCAGAAAUGGAAAACAAGGAAAAUAUUUGUAAAAAUUCAAAAGCUAUCUACUCAACGCCUAUCUCCAAGAAAAGUACUGGUCAUGAUUUCUCUGUAAUUAUGGAGUCCAGUACCUUCAAAUUUACACCACUGGGCUCUACAGUAAACAAGCUGCCUGAAAUAAAAGUAACAAGUCCUGGAGAUCUUGAAUUCUCUACAAAAGAAGUAAUAAUAACUUCGCCUGUAGCGACUAAACCUCUACGCAGAGAAACUUAUGUGACAGCACCGAAGAGGCCUCCUCCAGAGGAUGAAUGUCCAGAAUUUGAAGAUUCCCUCUCACCAAAACCCAGUGACCAGCAGCAACCUGGAUUCUCUAUACUAAUUAAUGAAAUGAAUUUCACUUCCUCAAGCACUCCUCUUGGAUUACAAGAAAGCAGUCGUCGAUCAAGUUCAUUAAGAGGAGAAUCAAAAAAUACCACUCCAAUUCCUGGUGGAAACAAUUCAACUUUUAACAUUUCUGUUGUAAAGUCCUCAGAGUGUUCUAAUUUAUCGUGUACUGAGAAUGAAACUUUUGAAGUUUCUGGGACCACCUCUGGCUUCAAUUUACAAAAAAUUAGACCAAUACGACUCUCCAGGAACUUUGCUAUGAUUUCUCCAGUUGUUCCUGUUGCCACUUCGUCUCGAGGAGCCAGUUGUGCAAUUUCUCCGUUACAUCCAACAACGAAUUACGAAUUGUCUUCAACCAGGAACGAAUCUCUUCAAAUUCCCAUAAAACUUUCAGAAUCUGUAAGUGCUCAGGAAGUUCUAGAAGCGGAUCUGUGGGUAAAACCAGGAAUAUCACAUAGCAAACUAGGAUCUCAGAAUCUGGAGGUGAUUGCAGAAGAAUGGUCGAAUGUGGGAAAAAAUAAAGCGUACUGUAAAAAAAAAAUCUUGGAAAUUUCACCACCUCGACGAGCAAGUUUUGGAAAACAAACUAUACAUAAAAUCUUACCAAAAAACGGUUCCAAGAUUACCAAAGAGAAAACUGGUAUGGACACACUGAAGAAGUCUUCGCAGAUGAAGUCUUCUAUAAAGAACAGCAACAAUGUUUCCAUCCCUGGUGUAAGAAUGAAAAGAUUAUCUUUAGCUGAUAUAACGAAAAAGAAGACUCACAAUACAUCAACAAGAAAUUUAAUUGCUGAAGUCAGUGUUAAGCUUCAUGAUCCGAAUGAAUUCCUUACUAAAUUUUGUAAUCCUGAUCCUUUUGCUGCUACAACAACAGAAGACCCAUUCUUGGCAAGUACACUCUACUACGAUGCGAAAUGGGUCUACCAGCAAGAAGUGGAGUUCAAGAAAUGGCUAAACGCUCUGCUAACUCCACCAGAACAUUUGGCUGUAGAUAUGGAGGCAAGUUGUAUGGACGUAGGGAAAGUGUGGCAGUCAUGUAGACUGAAGGAGGACGUCACCCUGGCUGAAACACGAGAAGCGGUUUCAGCAAGAUACCAUACAAAUACAAGACUGAAUACUUUGCGCAAAGCUGCUUGUGCUAUGUUCCGCAGUAAAGAAGUGUCAACAAUAUUGUCUAAGGUGACAGUAUGCAUUGAAAAGGGGAUCCUCGUUAUUCGCCAGGAUCGCGAUUUACAUAGGGAUAUUGGUCUACAGAAAGAAAUCCUAGAACUCUUUCUGUCUUAUAAUCCUUUGUGGUUGCGAAUCGGUCUAGAGGCCGUCUACGGGGAGACAAUUCCUCUGCACUCGAACAACGACAUAGUUGGUCUAUCUAGAUUUCUGUUGUCGAGGUUCUUCUCCGAUCCGUUCUUGGUAAAAAAUCAUAGUCAUCCAGCUGUGAUUAAUUUGAAAUUGCCAAGAUUUACACCGCUGAUGAAUAAAUUCAUGCUCUCGAAAUUCCUCUUGGUAGUGUACUUCCUGGACUAUGCUAAGACGAAUAAAUUAAUUGGUCAUGAUCCUUGCCUCUUUCACAAGAAAGCCGUGCACAAGGAUAGCAGGUCCAUCAUCUUGACUUUCUCGAGGGAAUUACUGAGUGGUAUAGGGGAUGUUACGAAGGUUCUCAGAUCCUACGGUUACGUUGUCAGUCAUAAGCAAACCUACCUGGAUGAAUACAAUUAUGCUAUUGUCGACCUGGCUACUGCACUUCGUGAUGGGGUACGACUUUGCCGAGUUAUGGAAUUAAUAACUGGAAAGCGUAACUUGACAUGUAAAUGCAGAGUCCCUGCAAUCUCAAGGUUGCAAAAGGUGCAUAACGUGGACUUAGCACUGACCACUUUGAAGAAUUCAGGAUACGUCCUAACCGGAGAUAUCGACGCCAAGAGUAUCGCAGAUGGACACCGUGAGAAGACUUUAUCCUUGCUAUGGCAAAUAAUCAACAAAUUCCAGGCACCAAGAUUCCAUAAAGCAGCUAUCACCAUACAAAAGUGGUGGAAAGCUAAGCUGUGGUAUGUCCGGGUGAAAAAUUUCCUUAGGAACAGAAUGAACAAGGCAGCGAUGAUUAUUUUAGGUGCUUGGAGAAGAUACUUGGCCAGAAGAGUUUUAGCUAAACUCAAGCAAGACUUCAUUGUCGAAUUUCAAAGGAGAAAUACAGCGGCAACUGUGAUUCAAAGACAUUGGAAACGUAGACAAGAAAUAAUUAAGGUUCGAAAUAACUUCCUGAAGACGAUGACUGGGAUUGUUCGUAUUCAGAGAUGGUGGAGAACGCAAAGGGAUACCAGAAACUUUGUUAGGGAAUUCAAAAGAAAACGAGAAGCUGCUAUUGUAAUACAGAAGAGAUGGAAAGAAACUCUUUUAACCAGGAUGCUCCGUAAGAGGUUCCUUGAUACACGUGCUGCUGCAUUGAGGAUUCAAAGGUUUUGGAGAAACAGAUGCCUCGGUAAGGCAACUCAAGUAGAAUAUCAAAGAACCAGGAAUGCGAUCGUCCUUAUUCAAUCCAAGUGGAGAGCUACAUUAUUGAUGAGAAUUCAGUCUGAGAGUUAUCAGCAAAAGAGAGAAGCUGCUGAACUAAUUCAAAUUUGGUGGAGAAGUAUUCUUGAGGCACGACGAGGCCGAGAUGAGUUCCUCUUGAAGAAGAUGUCCGUAAGGAUCAUAGAGUCGUGGUGGAAGAAAAUGAAGAGCAUUCGAAGACGCAGAGAAGCAUUCCAUCUAAAACUUAAAAGGACCAUCACCAUUCAACGUGCUUGGAGAAACUUUUAUCAAACUAGGAAUGAUGUGCAACAAUUAAAAAAAGCUAAGCAAGCAUGCACAGUGAUACAGAGCUGGUGGAGAAUGGUGCUUGUCUGCAGGCAAUUGAAGCUCAAGAAGCAGAAGUGUAUAGUAAUUCAACAGUGGUGGAGGAGCAUCACCUUAACACAGUCAAUCCGUACUGAAUUCCUCAUGAAGAGAUCUGCUGCCUUAAUAAUUCAACGGAAUUGGAGAAUGCACAGAGAUAUGAAGACCUUCCUCAAGAGUAAAUGGGCUGUACUGACAGUAGAGUCCUGGUACUCAAACUUAAAAAAAUCUCGGGAUGUUCGUCAGGACUUCCUAAGAAGGAAAUCAGCAGCUGCAGUAAUACAAAGAUACUGGCGAGCUUUUAAAAUAUCAAAAACGCAGAGAAAUGAAUAUCUUAAACAGCGCCAUGCAGUGAUAAAAAUCCAAAGGCUAUGGCGCUCGAAGAUACUCACUAGGAAUCUAAGGAAGCUCUUCCUGGAGAAGAAAGCCGUAGCUAUUCGUAUACAGUCGUAUUGGAGAAUGAUUAUACAGCAGAGACGCUUCACAAAACUCUUCAAAGAAUAUGAGGCAGCCAAAGUAAUUCAAAAUAAAUGGCGAGCGACACUGUACGCCAGGCAAGUUCGAAAUGAGUUCCUGGAGUAUCGCAAAGCUGUGGUUCUAGUUCAAGCAUCCUGGAGAAGAGACAGAGUGCGUAGAGAAUAUUUGCGAGAGAAACAAGCAGUUUUAACUAUUGAAAGACAUUGGACUAAAGUUUUAUUAGCAAGACGAACAAAGCAACGAUUGUUAGUUAUCAAACGAGCCGUCCCGAUCAUAGAAUCCUGGUGGAAAAAGGUGCUCGAGAUGAAAAAAAUCAAAAGUGCAGAGGCAAGGGUACGCUGGGUAAAAAUACAAGCUGCUAUUAAAAUUCAAGCUACCUGGCGCGGUUAUAAACUUCGCAAGGCUCAGCAAGGCACGGCAAUAGCACUUGUACGUGAACGCUUUAAGUUGGCGACGGAACAAGCGACACCGUUGGCUUCCCUCUCCAACAGAUUACAGGAUGCUAUUGAACUUUUACAAACCUGGAAUAAUCUGGGAUGUCUUUUAAUGUGCCUUAGUGCAUUAGAUACAAUAACUCGAAUUUUACCUGAGGCUUGCGAAGUCAUUUGUGAAAGACAAAUGGUCGAUGAAGUUUAUCUAACUUUGUAUCACUGUAAUAGAUCUGUACCAUGGAUGGAGAUCUGUCUACGAUCCACAAGUAUCCUGCUGAAUUUAGCCAAAUAUCAAAAGUCAAGGCCUUAUGUAAUUAAGAUCGAAUACACAGAAAUUAUGGCCAGACUGAUGACUGUUGCAAUAGAAAAGAAUGUUUCUCUAUUUUUACAUUUAGCUACUUUCUUUUGGCUCCUUUUAGAGGAACAUGAAUUUGCACAGGCAGUGAUUUCCUGCAAGAAGACAGUCUGGCUAUUGAAUUCCUUACAAACGGUGGCCAAUAAAAAGAAAUGCAAAAUGUCCGCAGUCGGUAUGAAAACGGGAAAAGAAUCGUUGAUGUUGCUGCCGAGUAAUAUAUCAGACUGGGGAUUAAAAUCUGCUCGGCCACGUCUAUUUACCAGCAUUCACCAUGCAGUCUCAGCUAUACUAAUACGUCUAAAGACAAGAAACGAAUAAAGAUAAUAAUAAUAGUAGUUGAUGGAAUGAUAUUUUAAUGAGAUAACAAGUGAUUCAUGUUUUUUAUUAAUACUUUUAUUGCAAUAAAUAUAAUAAACAGUAAUCA